UUUGUGCAAUGUUACGCAGAGCUUGUUCGCGUUCUCAAAACUGCAUCACGUAAACCGUUUGCGUGUUUAUCAAUGUGAUGACUUGCACAGUGGUUAGAAGUGGUUUGCUAAUAUCGAUUGAUGGAUCGGGAAGCCACGGAUGAAAAAAGCAGCACCGAAAGCAGAUGAUUUCCAAAUCUUUGGACGGAAGAUGUUGAAAUGCAUCUUUGGAUUGAUAAGCAAAGAACGUAUUUGAGGAGUUCCCGCUUGAGGGCAUUGUGGAAACCUCGUUGGAGUCCAUCACCAGAUUCUCUAUUGUGGUCUGUCGCAACCACGAAUCAGUUCUACUUGAAAGGUAAAAGAAACAGCACUUGUGACGAUACGAACAGUUACCAUCCCCUGAACAACGGCAGCAGUGUCAAAGUUACGCGGAAGAGGCAGAUAACAAAGCCGAAACCAAUAACGCCAUGGUCACCCCUGUGCAUCGGUACCAGCAUGUGGACACUUUUUGGGAGCAAGGCAGACAUUGUAGCGAACAAGUCUCCAACAAUUGGAAUCGUGGACGCAUUGCAGGCAAUCGUGGAGGACAUCAGAGUGGUACUGGACGUGGCACCAGCACCUUCGGUUACCCUGAAUUUGGGCAACAUGCCGCUGUGGUGCAUGCUCUACGCAAUGGGGGUGCCCACGCUGAGAUUGACACUGACAGCUUACUUCUUGAAGCUGGGCUUAUCAGUGACCAGCGGGAGUAUUUGCAGCAUCAACAGCACUAUGGCAAGACUUGUGACUGAGGCACAUUUGGCUGGUGGAUCUGGUAGUCGACCACUGAAUUGCAUCAUUUGGACGUGUUUCAUGGCCCUAGCAUUGUUCGUUGUUCCUGCUCAGAUGUUCUAUGGAAACCACACCGAGUUCUUCUUCUUCUUCGUUGUACCCUUGGGUUUGCUGGUGUUCGCUUUCUGCGUGGCCAUCAAGCAGUACUUUUUUCCCAAGAUGUCGUCUCCGUGUCCCACUCGUCCAGUAACGACGCAGACAGUAACAACAACUUCGUCAGCCAUGCGGAGUAACCGCAGCACGCCGCCUUCAGUGUCAGCAAUGUCGACGCCGGCAACUGUGGAUUCUGUGGACAGUAAUGUUCAACAGCAGAGUGAAAAUGUUCGUCAUGGAGUGGCGCGCAGUAGCAGUCAGCAUCGCCGUCAUCGACGCCGUUCUGGUGCUCAGACCGUGAAUUCAGCUGCAAGUACCGCUCCUCUGGAUACCGAGACACCAGUUGCAAGUCUAGUUGCGGGGCAUCAGAGGAGCCAUGAUGUUGCUUCAUCGGAUGACCUGAACGUUGCCGAGUUGCUGUUCGACGCAAACUCUCUUGCGUCACCCACGUUCAUGGACCAAGGCAGAGCACCGCCUCCGUACCAUUUGGCCGUACUGAUGCCAAACCCCAUUCCUUGUUUGAGUAACGAAAAUCCCCGUGAAUCUGACGCUUUUCCCGGUGUUCACGUGUCAGCUGCUGAUGCUGGCACUGUAUCUGGCAUUGGCAGUGUAAGUCCUCCGCCGCCAUAUGACGCCACUAACUUCCCGAGACGCCCUGGAAAUCAUCUGUGAUUCAAUACAAUCUGCUUCUUCGUCCUGUCAUGAUGGGAGUCAAAGGUGAAUGCAUUGAUGCAGCUGAAGGACUUCCGCAUUUCUGCUUCUGGAUACACGAAAUUCCCGUGGAACUUUUCCUUUUUGGUUAUCUGAAAGAAUUCGCAGAGCUGGAAAAGGUUCUGCGAAUUGGGGGUUUUUUUUCACUUGGACGAACUUGAAUCUCAUUCAUUUUAUUGAUGUCGCUUGAUUUUAUUCCGAUGUCGAAGGUUGUAGUUCAGUUAUGUUGACGCGGAUACGUAUUCUGUGGGUCUUGGGGGGCUUAUGUUUGGGUUAGAUUCCGUACUCAUUCCAAUAUCGGACGCCGUUGAUUUUUGAAUUGGCCUUUUCUCGCCGCCAAACUAGAAUUAAUAUUCAUUGUGAAUCCAAGACGCACUUGGUUUAUCCCUAAGCAGCCGCGUCUUGUUUCAACUCAUGAAUUAGUCACUACUUGAUCUCAACUUUUUUGAACCAACAUGUGUAUUCUAACUCUUCUGUAGUUUUGAAGUGACCAUGUUGGUCAGAUAUCUUUGAUAUGCAUCAUUUUUUCUGGAAAAUAUUUCCUUCGUGACUAGGAUUUGUAUGCUGUACGUUCUCAAGAACGUGAAUUGCCAUGAAGUUGGAGCUCAAACUUCAUGGCUAGACGCCCUAACAUGCAAGACUUCCCUUGAUUUUUGUAAACGAAUUUGUGUCCAAAAAAAUAACGGCGUCAUGUAUUCUUCUGAAUACGAAGAAGGAUGAGUUUGUUAAUGCAGGUGAGGGAAUCACGAACCCGACAUUCCAAAUAGCAAGACCGAGCGUAUAGGUGAUAAGAACCAUCACCUUGUUGAAGAUCGAAGCUCAGAUACAAGGACUACUCUGUGGCAGAAAAACACGAAGAAAAUGUAUGUCGAGGACUUUCAUAAAUGCGUUUGCCUCAAAAUUGGAAAUUACAUGUGUUCAACGAAACCUGAAGACAGAUGAGUGUUUGUCGUUUUGAACUAUUUUGUCACAAAUUUUCCGCGCUUUUUGUGCCAAUAAGACGUCGCCAGAUUCCGUCAUCUACCCCUUGUCAAUGUUUCGUAUGUAAUUUGUUAUUGUUGGAGUUAGCGUUGGGCGAUGUUUCGGUGUUCAGCUUUGUGAUAGACAAGUAUUCGAAGGAUGUUGCUUUCAGUGUGGAUCAGGGAUCUCGUCACCCUAGUGUUGCUGUAUGAUAGUGCAGUACCUGUUUCUCCCUCAAGAUCAUGAACGGAUGUGAUCAGUUGAAGUCACAAUUCGGUCUUUUUUUUUUGAUUGCUUGUAAAUAGAUGUCAUUGAUAAACUAGGGUGCUAGAAUAUGCUUUCCAUUCCUCGGCCGAAAUCUCUUUGACGUGAUCGGUGUUGUGUUUCUGUCAUUCGACAAUUUGUACAAGCGGAGUUAUUUGGGAACCGAAGAUGUUCGUUUGAUGUGCUUCGUUUUGAUUCAUCGGUUACGAGAAAUUAAACACCCAGGAAUUCGUGAUUGAAUGAA